UCUCUGUGCACUGAUUCCAACAUUCAAUCACAAGUGGUAUACAAUGGAACCGAGAUUGAUAAUUCAAAAGCUUCAGUUCUUGAUCGACUUGAAAAUCACGUCGAUCUAGCAUUUUGUUUUUCUGACCAUUCUCAAAUAGUUAAAUUCAUCCUUGAUUACAUUGGUUUAUUCAAAGGUUCGGCAUUGUCAUCUGGCAAUACGCAAGCGACAUCGGGAAUUUAUGCUGUUUCAGAGGGUAAAAUAUCCUCAUCUAAAAGUACUAAAUGUUUUUCAGGAAUGCAAUCUUCAACGAUACUUCUUGAUAUCACUUCUCGACCUCGCAAGCUCAUCGAACGAUUACUAAUACUCGCAAUUGAAAAAAUGAAAUAUCCUCAGGGCUUUGAAUCCCGUAAAGAUAAUACGAAAUUCGAGGACACUAGACAUGAGUGGCGGACCGUUAUAAGCAACUUACUCCAGCUCUAUCCAUCAUUGGUUCUCUCCGCAGUCCGACAGCUUGUUGCUCAAGCAGCAAGUAUUUCGUCUGUACUUGAAUCCUCCGCUGCUCAACCCACAACUUCCCCCAAAGAGACUGUUAUGCAUGAACAUUUUGCCACAGCUGAGGUUGCUUUGGCCCUGUUCUAUCAUAUAGGCGAAGUAAUAAAGGUUGGUCUAUAG